UUAGAAGAGCAGCAGCUACUGAUCUACUGAGGCCUCAAUCUCAGCUUUCCAGCAUAAAAAGAUGACGUUCAUUAUCUGGGGAUUCAUUUAAAGAAGAUGCUUCAAAAGUUGGAGCAGAAGGCUCUGAAGCAAGCUAAGCAGAAGAAAUCUAAGUCGGCUGAAUUUCUGAUGGCCAAAGAGCAGGAGCUGGAGGAAGAGGAGAGAGGGAUGAUGAAGGGCAUUGUAAAUCCUGUGUUCCUGAGUGGAGAGGAGGAGGACAAGCAGAGCUGUGGCAGACAGAGGGAUGGGGGAAGAGAAAUAGGAGGUGACGGGCAGGAUAGCACUCUUGCCGCUCACCAACAGCAAACGAAGCUGGAAGCCCUUGCCGGCACAAGAGGAAAUGAAGGUGCUCGAAAUUACUUUGACCCCUGGGCGACAGCGGAGGGUGACCUGAGGCAGCGCGGGAUGUCCAGGGUUGGAGCGGGAGAUGAGCUAGAAUUAAAAUUCAUGCAUGAGGACGAACGGGGUCUGUAUGAGAAACUGUCUCAGAUGCUGAAUGAAGAUGAAGCUUCAACUGUCAUAGAUUUGCCUGGCAGUUUUGUGGAAGAAAGACCAGUGGCUGUGGCUCCUAGAGUCCCGCGGGCUGGAUGGAGAGAUCAAAUGAGGGAGAAGUUGGAGGAGAGGAGAGAAGAGGUUAUCCCCCACUAUGUGGAACAACUGAGAGAACAUGUACAGGAUGACAUGAUCCCAGUGGGCAGGGCUUCACUGGAGCAGGAUGAAUGCACGGCGGAGGAGAAGGAGUGGGCGAGAAAACGGAGAGUGAUGGCUGUCUUAAGGGGGAAUACAAAGGAGUCGUAUUCAAUUAGAGACAUGGAACAAGAGGAAGCUGCUCUGCAGGAUCGGCUUUAUGCGGCUUUCCAGCGUUCAGAGAGACGAUUGCUGAAUUCACUGCGUCAGCGUCAGGCUGAAGUCAUUGCCCAGUAUGGAGAAAUCACUGAAAUCACCGAGCCACUGGGCAUCGGAUCUGACCUUCCCUGGCAGGUGGAGUGGACACGAACCCCACAGCCAGUGGAGGUGUGUGUUGUGUGUUUACGGGCAGUGAGGGAGAAGCUCAGCAGGGGGCUGUACAGUGUGUGUGUGUCCCUGCACAGUGGGUUGGGUGGCCCUGCGCUGCGCUGGUCCCGCCUGAAGGAGCAGCAGUGGACGGGAGUCACAGAGCCAGUGGAACAUCACGGCCGGAUCUGCGACAUGGAGCUAAUCAUUAACCAGAACCUCCAUGUGGUCUUGCCUGCAUCAUGUGACCUCUUGCCCUCCACUGUGCUGAUGUUCAGGCUUCUGAGCAUGCCCAGUAAGCAAUGUGCUGUGAGUGCAGUGGUGGCCUGGGGGGUAUUCCCCGUGUGUGACUGCUCUCUAACCCUUAUCCAAGGUAGAUUUCGCACUCCGCUGCUUCGGGGUUGUCCCAACUCAGCGAUAGACCAGUUCAGUAAAAUAGAGCAGCUGCUCUCUGCUGACUUGGACAACUGGCUCUGCAACCUUUACUUCCAGGUCAGGAAACUCCAGCAAAGAAGUCAAGGGGUUCCAGAGUGCAAUGCCAAUGAAGUCACCAAUGAAGAGCCUCCUCCUGUUAUAUCUACUUCUACCUGCUCCUCUACCUCGCUAGCAGGUAAGAGUCCUGCUGGAAUCCUCCCCAUCUUAGAGCCGGCGUCAGAGCAAGCUAAACCUGGAACACAAAGCAAGGGUGGCAAACAGAACCAGCCAUUCAGCAAGAUAACCAGCCAAAGUGGCUGUGAGAGAGAAAGAGAGGUACAGACGAGUAUCAUCACAGAAGAACUUCAACAUUUCUCCUUCUCCCUACAGUCUCAGGGAGCUGCUCCACUCUACAAUGUUGUGUGUUGUGGUCCAGCCGAGCGGUUGUGUAUGGUUUGGCGUAUGCUUCCUGCAGAGCUUGGUCUAUCAGGUAGCCCUCGGCCCACUUUCAGCCAGCUCACACUCCUCGUCACCUUCAUCUUUCUCACUUGGUUUCCUCGCCUUUACCUGCACUACUGUGGCCAGUGGCUCUACCUCCAUGCUCGAAACGUACCUAUCAACAGGCUUUGCUUCCAUGCCCACACGGUGGAUUUGGUAUAUCAGAGCUCUCUCCUGUGCACCCUGGAGGAGCUGCUGCUGGUGUUGUUGGGGCCCUUGACCUUGAAUGCAGCUAUGUUUCUGCUGCUUCUGAUCAGAUGGCUCUGUCAGCUAGUGUUUGGCUCAACUCCUUCCUUCCUGUCAAAGCUGAUCAUGGCUCUGGGAGUGUGGACAGUGCUUGACCCUCUAGCGGUCUUCACUGUGGACGCUGUCCUUGGGCGUCUGUCUUACAGUGCAGAAAAGCCAGUGGCCGACGCCGCUAAGCUUUACUGGCACUUCCAUCGUUUGGAGCAGUCAGGCACAGCAGGAAUUCUCAUCACCCUCUUCCUGUAUACCGUCCUCUUCAUUCUGUCCUUCACCAUGCUCUAUAUGUACUUCCUCAGGUUCCAUAAUGAUGGCAGAAUGCUGGAUGUGUACCUUCGUAUCCACAGUCCAGAGAGAGCAUUUUUUAUCCCAGAUGAUUUUGAACUGUCCAAUCAGGAGCUUAGCUACAUUGUAAAGAAGGCGGAGCAAUGGAGAGGUUUCAAUGGGGAGAGACGAAAGGUGGCAGUGUAUGAUUACAUCUGGACCCAGGAGGAGUCUGGAGGGUGCGUAUCCCCUGGGGCUGUACCCACUGUAGUGGGAGAGACGAGCACCCAUGUGUCCAUCUACACCCUGUACCUGAGCGGCCUGCGUCAGCGCUACAGACACUUCCUCAGGCAGCCUAGUGGAGCCAUCGUAGAGCUCAUUGGGGAUUUGGACGGUGCAGCUGCUCAUCAGAAUGUCCAGUGUCAGAAGACAGGGCAGAAGGAAGUCGACAGGAGGAUGAGGAGCUCAACACAUGCACUCAGAGAAAGGAAGAGCAAGAAUCCUGUAUGGCGCUGUAACAGGGUGGGACCUCUCAGUGGGAGUGCCUGUGAGCCCAACACAACAGUGAAGGAUCACUGAAGCUAAAGUUGCUUACAGGAGCUAAAGCCACAUGAGAAUCUAAGUGAAAAGUCCUACAUGUGAAAAAUGUGAAAAGUCUCAAAUACAAAAUCAGGUGACACAACAGCAUCUUUAGCAAUAUUCUACUCCUAAACCUGAUUAUCAGCUUAAUGUUCAAGGGUUGCAAUGAUGGAUUUGCCCUUAUUUAUCAAGUUGUGUAAAAACAGGCACCGAUUUGAACACACAGUAAGUUGCAGGACAUAAAAUGAGCUCUGAUUUGAGUGCCGUUUAUGAAUUAGAUUCAAAUGUGUAGAAACAAGCUCUUGCCCACUAAUAUAAGAUAUGCCCCAACAUAACCUUAUAUAUUAUAUUUGAUUUGCAUGAAACUUGCCUUAAUUUAUGGAGUUGUUGCGCCAGUGAGCCAAUAAAAGGAAAAUAUACAGCAGACUACAGUUAUAUAUAUAUAUAUAAAUCCAUUCAGUACUAAAUAGGUCAGAUAAAGCUGAAGUCAAAUUUAAUUAAAGCUGUAUAUAUUCAUAUUGGUAAGCCAAAUUUCCAUCCUGAUCAAAUAAAUAAACAAAUCCAUUAUUUAUAGAAACAAAACUCUAAAAGAAAUUAUUCAAACCAAAAUGAAUAAAAUCAACUCUGGUGUGUUUUAGUAUUGAUAUGAAAUUAUGUAAUAAUAAUAAUAAUAAUAAUAAUAAUAAUAAUAAUAAUAAAACUUCUGAUGAUAAUUUUUUUGGUUGUUAAGUUGGUAUUCUCCCAUUUACACACACACACAGUCUAGCCACAGUCAUCUAGCCAUCACAAUUUGGCCCGUGACACAGUCACUCAGAUCCUUACUCUUGCCCAUUUUUCAUGCUUCCAACACAUCGACUUCAAGAAGUGACUGUUCACUUGCUGCCGAAUAUAUCCUACCCCUUGACAGGUGCCACUGUAAUGAGAUGGUCAAUAUUAUUCACUUCACCUGUCUGUGGUUUUAAUGUUAUGGCUGAUCAGUGUAUAUAUAGUUUAAUCCAUGUCAGUUGUGAGAAUAGUGACUGUAGUAGUAGUAGUAGUAAAACUAUGACAGACACAUCAUAAUUAUGUUUUCUUCGUCUUUUUAACACCAAAAAGAUAUGAUAAAUAUUGUUUUUAGUAGACACCCAGAUCUCUACUACAUUUAAACAUUUAGUUCCCUUGUAACUGAAAACCCAGGAAGCCUAGAGACACCAAAAAGCUAAACCUGCAUACACAGUCUGAUGUAGACAUUAUAAUCAUUUUAAAAAAAAAGCAUUCCAUUGUGAAAUAAAUGCUGGUUGUUACAUCCUCAGUGCUGCCUCCACAUUGUGAGAAAUUAGAAUCCUAAAAGUCACUUAUCAGGAGCCAGUGAUAAAAUAUCAAUAUUGGGAACCCAUUAGGCAGGAUAAUAUUCCAGCUGCCUUGAUUUGUAUUGAGUAUGUGUCUGCUGGCCAGGGCUUUGAUGAAAUGAACUGGCCCACAAAUCAGGCCUUAAUGGGAGCCUACUUAUACAUACAGCUUAAUUAAAGGUUGUGGGCUUAUUAACAUGUGUCUGAGAGAUGGAGACCUGCUCUUGCACUGAACCAGGUUGUAAAGGUUUUAUAGAUAACCUAUCAUUAUUAAAGCCCAUCGCUUAAUAUUGGAUCUUAAUAACCUGUCAUUUUGAUGAUGAUUCUGAUGAUGAUUCUCUUUAUGGCAAGUCAUUAUGGCUCGAAGUUGCAGCUGGAUUGGAGAGUGUGUUUGUGUGUAUGUGUGUGUGUGUGUGUGUAUGUGUGUGGGACAAGUAUGAAGUGAUCAGGAACUGUGGUCCCCUCUGCAGUCAUUACAUCCUUAUUGCUAUUGCAGCUUUUAGCUCCUGUGCUACUGUAUAGAGGAUUAGAGGAGAUUCUUAAGGAGUUAAACCAUUGUUCAUCAGGCUAACGUUCCAAACAUAUUUCACCUUACAGACUCACUUAAUAAAGUAAAAUGACCUUUGCAUUGCAAAUACACCAGCAUUUUUGCAUUUUGUUCAUCAUUAAUACUCUACUGGUCCCACCACUAUCAACAUGGCUUGUCCUCACUUUAGAUGUUAACAGAAUUUCUGUAUCUCAUGGGCCCUGUGAUGAUGAUUCAAUUCAAUUUUUUUUCAAUUCAAUUUUAUUUGUAUAUCGCUUUUAACAAUGGACAUUGUCAGAAAUAAAUACAUUCAGGAUAUAAAUUAUAAAAGUAUGAAUUUAUCCCUAAUGAGCAAGCCAGAGGCAACAGUGGCAAGGAAAAACUCCCUGAGAGGAUAUGAGGAAUAAACAUUGAGAGGAACCAGACUCAAAAGGGAACCCAUCCUCAUCUGGGUGACAACAGAUAGUGCAAUUAUAAAUAAAUCCCUUCCAUAAGUGUGUACUACAUGGACAAAUAGUGUAAUUGUGCAACCAGGAAAUUGAUUAAAGUUUCCACAUGAGUCUGUUUUGUUGAAUCUAUCCACCAUCCACUGAUGGAGACCUGAGUGCAAAACUGCUCGCGGCAACCGCAGUCCCAAGCCAUUACAGUACAACUGCCCAAAUGAACCGCAGUCCAAAGCCAUCUCCACGGUCCCCAAGCGGCACCAUCCCCAGCAAUCUCAAUGAUCUUCAGGCAAUCCAUGUGGGGCCACCACCAGCAGCAUCAAGCGAUCUCCAAUCGAUGAGAACUCCAACCAGUAGUAGGGCAUCAAGAUGGAUCAGGCAGGUCUGGAGAACAGAAGGGAUCAGAAUCACUGGUAUCUCAGGAGUAGCAUGUGUAGCUCAAAAGAGAGAGAGAGAGAGAAAGAGAGAGGGAGAGGGAGAGAGAGAGGGUGAGAUUGUUAGGUAUGCUUUUUGUCUCGUAAUGGUUAAGGACAAUGUACUUUGCAUGCAGAGUGUAAGCAGGGACUCUGGCAAGACUAGCUAUGACAGCAUAACUAAAAGGGAGAGCCAGAAGGUAACACAGACAUGACGUCAACAAACCUGAGUAAACGCAUGAGGGUGGGGGGGCAACAGCACCCAAACUUCCCAGUUCACCACAACACUCUAUGACUGGGAACCCUCCAGGUCUGCUGCUUUACCUAAGAAAAAAUUAUUCGCAAAAGGCUUGACUAAACAAAUACAUUUUCAGCCUAGACUGAGACCGUGUCUGAGUCCCGAACACUAAUUGGAAGGCUGUUACAUAACUGUGGGGCUUUGUAAGAGAAAGCUCUACCCCCUACUGUAGCCUUCCCUAUUUGAGGUACCAACAAAUAGCCUGCACCUUUUGACUGAAGUAGGUGUGAUGGAUCAUAAAAGACCAAAAGUCCUCUCAGAUACUGCGGCACGAGACCAUUCAGUGCUUUGUAGGUCAAGUAUUUUAUAAUCAAUGCGAAAUUUGAUUGGGAGCCGGUGCAGUGUGGAUAAGAUAGGUGGUGAUGUGGUCAUAUCUUCUGGUUCUAAUAAGGACUCUUGCUGGUGCAUUCUGGACUAACUGGAGCUUGUUUAUGCUAUUGGAACAUCCAGACAGUAAGGCA